AUGUCGUCACCGAGCGCUGGGAAACGUCGCAUGGACACAGACGUCAUAAAACUUAUUGAAAGUAAGCAUGAGGUCACAAUACUCGGAGGUCUGAAUGAAUUUUGUGUGAAAUUUUUUGGACCGCCCGGCACUCCAUACGAAGGUGGUGUAUGGCGAGUGAGAGUCCACUUGCCGGACCACUACCCCUUCAAAUCCCCGUCCAUUGGUUUCAUGAACAAAGUGUAUCAUCCUAAUAUUGACGAGGUCUCGGGCACCGUGUGUCUGGACGUCAUUAAUCAGGCUUGGACGGCUUUAUAUGAUCUAUCGAACAUAUUUGAGUCGUUCCUGCCACAACUAUUGACAUAUCCUAAUCCCAUUGAUCCUCUCAAUGGGGACGCAGCUGCCAUGUACCUGCACAAGCCCGAGGAGUACAAGAAAAAAGUAUCAGACUACGUUCGUCGUUUCGCUACUGAGGAGGCACUUUUAGAGAAGGACGCCAUUACAGGCCUCGGGGCCUCGAAGACCCCGAGCGAUUCAGAAUCAUCGAUGUCUGAAUUCAGUGAUGAUGAAGCUCACGAUAUGGAAUUAUAA